AUGGAAGCUCCUCUCAGGCAUCAUAGCAACCAAGCUGAGUUGUCACGAGUCAAUACAUGGGCACAAAGUAAUCAUUUAUUGUCUGUGGCUGAAGUUCAACAUACAAUGGCAAAUGAAACCUUGACCGACUGGGACAGUGGGCUCUUGGACUGCUUUGAGGAUGCGAGUACUUGCUGCUAUGGUUUCUGGUGCGGCCCCUGCCUUGCCUGCACUGUUUCAGGAAGGUUUGGAGAGAACAACUGUCUCCCCUUAUGUGAUAUAUUCUGUGGGGUGCCUAUUCCUCCUGCAGCAUUGUCUGUAAGGGCUGCCAUGCGAAACAGAUAUGGUAUCAAGGGGUCUCUCUGUAACGACAUUUUCAUUUCCUGUUGCUGUGCCUCGUGCUCCUGGUGUCAGAUGCAUCGCGAGUUAAAGCAUCAUAAGAAAAACCCGACCGUUGUCAACACACAGUAUAACAUUGUUAACAUGCAGCCUAUUCCAGCUGUCCCAACACCAAUGAUGAUGAUGCCUCCACAACCAGGAGUCUAUAUGGUUUCACAGUGACAAUUGUAGAAAUCUGAGUUUGUGUUGAUGUUUCUAUCAGUGAAACAAGAAAACUGAAUCACUUUUAAUGGAGAGUAUGAUUAAAUAUUUUUAGUAGCUUUGUAAUAAACAUAAAAAUUAGAGUUAAUGUAAAUAAAAGAAAUGGUGAGU